AUGGAGGGACUCAGGCACCUGAGGGAGGAAGCCUCCGUGAAGCUCAGGUGGCCCCUAGAGAAUGUGGGAAAGCCACCAACUGGCCCUGCUGUGGCAACUAAGAGAAUAAGUAGCCGAGUGGAUAAAGGAGUGCCCGUUAGGUCCAAGGCAUCCUUCCUGGGGAGGCUUGUAUGCCAGGCCCUGGAGAUGCUUUUUGCCAUCUUUGCAUUUGCAACAUGCGGUGGCUACUCUGGAGGCCUUCGGCUCAGUGUGGACUGCGUCAACAAGACAGAAAGUGACCUCAGCAUCGACAUAGCCUUCGCCUACCCCUUCAGGUUGCACCAGGUGACCUUCGAGGUGCCCACCUGCGAGGGCAAGGAGCGGCAGAAGCUGGCUCUGAUCGGAGACUCCUCGUCCUCGGCCGAGUUCUUCGUCACGGUCGCCGUCUUCGCCUUCCUCUACUCUCUGGCCGCCACCGUGGUUUACAUUUUCUUCCAGAACAAGUACCGAGAAAACAACCGGGGCCCGUUGAUCGACUUCGUCGUCACCGUGGUCUUCUCCUUCUUGUGGUUGGUGGGCUCAUCCGCGUGGGCCAAAGGACUGUCUGAUGUCAAAGUCGCCACAGAUCCCAAGGAAGUCUUGCAACUCAUGUCAGCUUGCAAGCAGCCGUCCAACAAGUGCAUGGCUGUCCACAGCCCUGUCAUGUCCAGCUUGAACACUUCUGUGGUCUUUGGAUUCUUGAAUUUUAUCCUCUGGGCUGGAAACAUCUGGUUUGUUUUCAAGGAGACCUGCUGGCAUUCCUCCGGACAGAGAUACCUCUCGGACCCCAUGGAGAAGCAUUCGAGCAGCUAUAAUCAGGGCGGGUACAACCAAGAGAGCUAUGGGUCUAGCAGYGGGUACAACCAGCAGGCAAGUCUGGGGCCAUCCUCAGACGAGUUUGGCCCACAGCCUAGUGGUCCCACCUCCUUCACCAAUCAGAUUUAGCAGAGUAGCUUUUGCAGUCUUCUGGAGAAGGUCUCACCACCUUCCACUUCAGUGGC